UGUCAAUGCCAACAUCAACAUCAAUGGUACCAAGACAAGUCAUCAUCAUGGUCAUCAUUAUGGUCAUCAUCAUGGUCAUACUCAUGGUCGUCCUACGUCAUCGUCUAACAAUCAUGUGGUGGAUGUCGUCUCCUUGGCUGGUGGAAGUAGUGCUGGUAUUGGUAUUGGUUCGGGUUCGGGAACUGGUGGUACUGGUGGAGGUCUUGCUGCGGCUGCUUCUGUUGCUGCUGUUGCUGCUGUUGCUGGUCGCGGUGGUGGCGGUGGUGGUGGUGGUGGUGGUGGUGGUGGUGGUCAUAUCGUUGGUGGUACUGGCCGGCUGGUUGGAUCUCGGGGGAAUGUCUCGGCUCAUGGUCGGAGCUCAGUAUCUGGAUUGUUGUCAUCAUCGGCAGCAGCUUCGGCUGCGCCGGCCUUUGCUGGUCUUCGUGCUGGUGUUCGGGUGGUCGAGCUGGGCUCAAGAGCUGACAUGGCCUUUCUCCCCACGGCCUCUCAUCCUACGCACCUGGCUACUCUCCUCUCGCAUCACUUUCUCCUCGUUGCCCUUCCAGACUCGAUCAGGGUCUACGAUCUCGACACCUACGCCCUGGUCUCGGUCUACUCGCUGCCGUCGCCGCUCUCGGUCCUUGCCACCUCACCGCUCCGCCCAUUGGCCUUUAUGGUCCCGGACGACGGCCCAGCCAUCUACAUGCUCGACCUUGGUGCGCCGGCGCCACAGUUGGAGACCUUUGAUGGCGGGAAGCGGUCAGUGACAGCUCUGGCGGUCCAUGCCUCCAAGCCGCUGCUCGCCGCUGGCGACCGCAAGGGCGUUGUCCGCCUCUACGAGUACGGCUCGCACACCUGCCGCUAUGCCGCCGACGAGUACGCCGGUGAUCCGGUCAAGAAGAAGCUUCGCUCGCCGGUCACUGCCCUUGCUUUUCACCCGUACAAGGACAUCCUCGUUGUCGGCUCGGCCGGCGGCCGGCUAGCGGCGUGGGACGUCGGCGGCGCUGCUGAGGCCCAGCUUCUCGCUGUCCGGGCGGCGCUUCCGCCACUCGCCACCAUCCGCUUCCACCCGCUCUCGCCGCUCGUCCUCACCCUUUCGACGGCCGGCGAUCUCGCCGGAUGGAAGCUCGGGCUCGGGCGACGUGACUCACGGCUCAAGCUUGUCGGACUCGUCCAGCAGGCGCAGCUCCCGUUCUCGCCGCCGAGUGACUUUGUCAUGCACCGCCGGUUCAACUACGUGGCGUUUUGUGUCCCGCCGCCGCUUGCGGCGCCUUGCGCGCAAGCGGCAACCCCGCUCCGCUCGUCGACCGGCAAUCUGCUGCCGCUUUCGACGCCGCCCCAGCUCGCGGCACUCGUCGACGGACUGUACGCGGCGGGCGGCGGGAGCGGUGGGAACGAGUUGGCCGGCGGGCUGUUUUCUGGUGGCGGGAGCCAAGGUGCGCCGGCCAUCCACGGCGUGGUCAUCCACACGCUCCUCGACCCGCUGCAUCCGGGCGGCUUCCUGCCUGUGGUGGCGCCGUACGCGCUCCCGCAGGCUGCAGCCAUGUACUCGGACCGGUGGCGGCUGAUGGCAUUCCACGUCCUCCGCUGCGACAACAAUCCGGUGCGCAAGAUUGCGCUCGAUGACAACGCCAAGGUUGUCCGUGUUCGGCGGGCGGUCCGACACGGCAAGGUUGCGGUCGUCCUGGCCACCUUUCCCGAGGCCGACGCGCCGGCGCGGCACCCACCGCUCCCGGCCUUUGACCACGAUCCGUGGGCGGCGACGAUGGCACACCGGCUCUCGCACCGGUCGUUUGCGUACAUCUCGUUCCACCAGGCGGAUGCCCAGGAGGCCCGGCCGCGGCCCGGGCGUGACGUCGUGUUUGUGGGCGAGGGCGGCGACGCCAUGCUUGUCCUCGGCCCGCACGGCAAGUCAGCGACCGUGGCAGCCACAGCCGACGAGACCCAGCUCGCGGCCUUUGCCCUCGACAACGUCUGGCAUCGGGUGUUUGCCACGCCGCUCCGCGGCGCGCGGGUUGUUCUCUACUACGACAUUGUUGCACGGCUCCUUGUGCCCUCGGCCAACAUCGACAGCCUGGUUCACCCGCCCAACGCGUACAUGCCGUCUUCGGCCCUGCCGCUCCCGCUCGGCCCAGUGCGCGACCCGCACGCGAGUCUCCCGGCGCCCUCGCCUGCCGCACCGCACAUCCGCCUCCCACCCCAGACUGUUGUCUCGGACGUGGUGUGGGACACAUCCGGCCAGCUUGGAGCGGUCGUCACGCCCUCGCUCCUGCUUGUUGUUGAUAGCACGCUUGCAGUCCUCACCUCGUACGCCUCGAGUCGGGCCUCGGAGCUUGUUCCGUUCUUCCUAUCGGCAGUCUGGCUCGCCGGCACGUUGCUGUACUCAACUCCGGUCGGGGUCGGCUACUUGACUCCGGGCGGCUAUGCCGGGCGGGUGUGCUCACUCGAUCUGGUCGACGUUGUUCUUGUUGCCGGCCUUCCAGACCGGCUUGUCUACGCGCACCGGGUCAAGAAGCGGGUAACGGUCGGCUACCACGCAGUUGGUAUGCUCGAGCCGCGGCUGGCCGGCAAGCUGUACGGAUCGGCUGGCAGUGGGGCGGUGUCUGCGUCUGCGCUGCUCGAGCUGAUGGAAAGCUAUGACGGGCUCCGGGUCUCGCGGAGCUUCAUCGACAAGCUGCGAAGUGGGGCGACAGCGGUCGAGCGCGAGCUUGCGCUUGCGCUGCUGCUCGCGCGCAUCGGCGCAAGCUCUGAUUGCGGGCAGGACGAGUUGGUGGCGGUCGCACUCGAGCUUGCCGGUGAGCUGGGCGCGUUUGGGCCAGCAAGCCAGCUUGUGAAGAGCGUGCAGGCGAGCGGCGGCGGCGAUGGCGCCCACGGUGCGCUCUGCCGGCUCGGCAGUGCAGCAGCGACGGCCGGUGCACUCUCGCUAGCGCACCUUUGCUAUGUGGUGGCCGGCGAGUGGUGGGCCGAGUGGCUGCUGCGGGUGGAGGCCGGCGAGAAGGUCCCGCCGCGGCCCAAGGCACCGGGCUCGCUGCCUGCAGUGCAGCUGGCGAAUCUUGCGCCGCCGAGAACGAGCGCGCUGGGGCUUGCACCCGAGAGUGUGGCGCGGACAACUCGCGUCUCGGUCGCCAUUGCUGACGAUGGGUCCGUCGGCUCUGGCCGACAUGGGAUGCCAUCGGCCGGCUCGCCACUCCCACUGGGAAGCCCGGGUGCAGCAGCGUCACCACGCGGCACUGUCUCGUCGUUUGGCGGCUCGUCGUUCCGCGACCUGCUUGCAGCGCACUCGCCGCCGCCGCAGACGACGUCGGUGCCUCCUGCGGCAGCGGCGCCUGUCAUCGCGGAGCAGACGAUCAUGAGUGAGCUUGACGCACUGGAGCUCGACUCGCUCGAGGUUUGGGUAGCGUCGCGCGGCGGCGAGAUCGACCGACGCGGUGAGGGCAUCGGUGGCCUCGAGUUUGACCGCGACUCUGCCGCCACGUCCUCGGUCCUGCACUCGAUGGGCUCGGCGGCGUCGGUUUCGGGCUUUGGCGGCGCGUACGCGGCACGGAUGGAGGUGUCGGACGACGAUUUGGGUUGUGGGAGCGGCGGCAGUGGGGCCGGUGGCAGCGGGUCGGGCUCAGGCUCGGGCUCGCGCGAGGGGUACCACUACGAUGAGGCCGGCCGACUGGUUGACGCCGAGGGCUACGUGGUCCGGCCAGCGGCGCCGGUGACCGCCGACCUCGCUGGCGAGGGGUCAGAUGCCUCGGCGUCGUCAUCGUCGUCGGGUUUCGGGGCCCGGCCGGCAGCCAUUCGUGUCCGCAUCCGGACGCAGGAAGAGAUGGCAGCAGCAGCAGCAGCGGCAGCGGCCGACGUUGCCGCCAUCCCCAAGCUCGGCGAGCUAGGCGUCGGUGCACGGCGGCGUGCAAGACGGCGUGCGCGUCGUGGGCGCGACUCGUGGAGCUCGUCGUCAGACGGCGGUGAACCCGAGCCGCAGCCUGUGGAGCGCCCCGCGACUGCGGUGCCUGCAGGCAUCCCCAAGCUCGGUGAGCUGAGCGUGGGCGGGCAGCGACGGGCACGGCGGCGUGCGCGGCGCGCGCGUGACUCGUGGAGCUCAUCGUCUGACGGGCGGCAGGAGUGUGGUGACGUGGAUGCUGGUGCAAGUGCGGCUACCACAGGCAGCGUGCCGACGACCACACCGCCACCGAGCGUCGCGCCUGUAUCAACGGCGACGCCGCCAGCGACGCCGCCGCGGAUGCAGCCACCUGGCCCGCGGCCGCCGUCGCCGUCGCCAUCUGUUGCGUCAUCACUGUCGAUGAUGUCGACGGUGAGCAGCGACAUGUCGGAGGCAGCGCGGCUGCUUAGGGCGGCGAUGCGCGCGCUCGAGAGCGGCUCGCUGUCCAAGUGCCAAAAGGCCGCGGUAGCGGCGCUGAGUGCGGCCCGCGAGCGCAAGCAGGCGCGAGUGUGUGCCGGCUAUGUGGUUGCUGCGCGACUGCUCAAGGCGCUCAAGCGCGUCGAGCGCGAUGGCAAAGCCGGCGAGGCUGCCGCGUUAGCGGCGCGGCUGGCGGCGCUCCCGCUUCAUCGCAAGCACCGGGCGGUGAUGCGCGAGCUGGCGAGCGCACGCGACGGCGCAGUCGCCCCUCAUGGCAUGUCAGUCGACGACCUUGCUGGAGCCGUGGCGCCGUCUGCCGACGUUGCCGAGUGCUCAUGGUGCGGCGUGCGGACAGCGCGCCCGAAUGAUCGUAACUUGCUCUACGGGCUCAUCUCGGCUGGGAUCUCCGCCACAAACUCGCUCCAUUCGGCUUACGCUGCCCUUCAUCGUCCUGUUGUUCAUGGUGAGCUCCGCAAGCUCCAUCGUCAGCUCGCUGAUACGCCUCAUGGCUUCCCGCUCAUCGCUCAGGCCUACUAUCCCAAUGCUGCAGCUAUGAUCGUCACGCCGGAUCUACCGGUCGUCGCAAAGCUUGGUCAUGCUCAUGCUGGCUACGGCAAGAUGCGCUUCACCGAUGCCGAGUCGCUUGACGACUUUAAGGGCGUCAUGGCCAUCACGCCGCACUACUGCACCGUCGAGCCUUACAUCGAGUGGGACCACGAUCUGCGGAUUCAGAAGAUCGGCGAGUGCUACCGCGUCUUCAAGCGCGUCUCGCCGCGCUGGAAGGGCAAUGUCGGCAACGCCGGCGUUGUCGAGGAGAUCGAGCUCACUCCGCAGUUCAAGGCCUGGAUCGACGCCGCCUCGGGCGUCCUCGGCGGCCUCGACAUCUGCGCCCUCGACCUCCUUCACUCAUCCACAGACGACUCGUACCACAUCCUCGAGCUCAACGAUACAGCCAUCGGCCUUGUCAACGCCGUCGCCCUCGACGACAUGGCUGCCAUCCGCGACGUCGUUCUCCGCAACAUGACCGCCACCCUCGUUCUCCCCACCGCCUACCCGCUUCCGCCGGCGGAUCCCGACGCCUCGGCCGUCGCCGCCCUCACUGCCUCGCUUGAUGCUCGUACUCAGCAGCUUGUCGCCCUCGCCGCAGAGCUUGAGCUCGCCAAGGCCCAGCUCGGUCUCGGGAGGCAAGCUCCGAUUCCGCGCUCAGCGCCUCCACAGCCUCGCGCGCCUGCCGCUGCCAGCACCUCCACCCGCUCACACCCUCGCCAUGACGGCCGCGCCGCCCGCCGCCCACGAGGCCACAUCUCCCGCACUACCGCCUGCUAUCUGCUCAUCUUCUUCUUGCUCCUCGCCGCUGUUUCGGCUUUCUUCUCCAUCCGUCGUGAUCGCCAGCGGCAGCUGGCCGCUCUUGCCACCGCCGCCGAAGCGCUAUCUGAUGUGCCCAAUGACCGGGUUGAUCUUUAA